AUGCUCCAGCCGCCCAACCCACCAGAAUGGCUGACUGAAGUGGGAGGGGGUGAGGAGGGUUUGACCCGCCUCUGCUUACCCAGGCCCGAAGCCCUUGCUUAUCCUGUCCCAGUCCCUUCCAGGGGCGUGGGUGCUGGGGAGGUCGGUAGCCCAGUGGGCCCAUGUGUGUCCCCCUGGGGCCCUAGCCAGGCCCAGGUCCUGGACAGUGUCCUAGGGCUAGGGGCACUGGGGCUGACAAUUCGGGCAGUCUUUUCCACAGCUGGCCCAGCCUCUCCGCUGCCGCUACUGGUCAGCUUCCUGGCCUUCGACCUGCUCCACCGGUAACCUGCAGGUCCCAGCUGGCCACAGCACACACAUCUCACAGGGGGCCAGAGUCAGGGGGCCGGCAAGGGUCCAGGGCAGCAGGAGGCUCCACUCCUGCCCACGGUGGCAGUCACAGGACGACGCCUCCAGGAGGCUCUGCUGCUGCUGCUCGUGGGCCUGGGGCUACUCCUGGGAGCCGGCAUGCCCUUGGCCCUGCUUGCCCUGGCUUUCUGCCUCUAUCCUUGGGCCUGA